CUUCUGUCAUAUCUCAAGAGCAUCAGAAGGCUUGGAAGCCACAGAGGAAGAUGAAUCUAUUAAGUCUGUGAGCUAUACAAAAUGUACAAAGUACAUUUUUCUUCCUAGUAACAGGUUAGGACUUCUUGCUGCCAUUCCUGCUUUGAUGGUGAUGCAGUUCUAAAAGAAAUCCUAAGAAAAAUCCAGCAAAAAUGGGUGAGGUAAAUAAAGAUGCCGUUGAAAAAUACUUGGAGAACAACCCCCAGUUUGCCAAGGAGUAUUUCGACCGAAAAAUGAGACCAGAAGUGGUGGGAAGUAUCUUUAACGUGAACCCUGGAGAUGUGAAGGAAGGAGUCAGCUUCAAAGACAUGUCCCGUCUGGAGGAGAGUAACAUAAUUUUUGAGUUGGUAACAGAAAUUCAGGAUGAGGCAUGUGUUAUGGAAAAGAUGGUGCACAAGGCCCUACAGAGGCUGGCACAGCUGCUGGCAGCUGAUCGGUGUAGUAUGUUCGUUUGUCGUUCCCGAAAUGGUAUUCCAGAGGUAGCCUCCAGGAUUCUUGAUAUCACUCCAACUUCCAACUAUGAGCAGAAUUUGGUGAAACCAGAAAAUGAGACUGUUUUUCCUCUGGACAUCGGGAUAGUGGGAUGGGUUGCUCAUACCAAGAAGUUUUUUAAUAUACCUGAUGUGACAAAGAACAACCAUUUUUCUGACUUUAUGGACAAAAAAACUGGUUAUAAAACAGUCAAUAUGUUGGCAACUGCAAUUACACAGGGUAAAGAGGUGCUUGCUGUUGUGAUGGCACUCAACAAAUUAAAUGCCCCUGAGUUCUCAAAAGAGGAUGAAGAGGUGUUUAAAAAAUACCUCAACUUUGUAUCUUUGAUGGUAAGAAAUAAUCACACGUCGUAUCUGUACAACAUUGAAUCACGAAAAAGCCAGAUGCUUUUGUGGUCUGCCAACAAAGUAUUUGAAGAACUAACAGAUAUAGAACGACAGUUUCAUAAAGCAUUGUAUACUAUUCGAAUGUAUUUGAAUUGUGAAAGAUACUCUGUUGGUCUGCUGGACAUGACUAAAGAGAAGGAGUUUUAUGAUGAGUGGCCAAUCCGGCUGGGGGAGGCAGAGCCUUACAAAGGCCCCAAGACACCUGAUGGACGAGAAGUCAACUUUUAUAAGAUUAUUGACUAUCUGUUACAUGGACAAGAAGAAAUCAAAGUCAUUCCGUCACCUCCAGCUGAUCACUGGUGUCUUGUCAGUGGAUUGCCAACAUAUGUUGCUGAAAAUGGUCUUAUUUGUAAUAUGAUGAAUGCACCAGCAGAUGAAUACUUCACAUUUCAGAAAGGACCAGUGGAUGACUCUGGAUGGGUUAUCAAAAAUGUCUUGUCAUUGCCUAUUGUCAACAAAAAAGAAGAAAUUGUGGGAGUUGCAACAUUUUACAACAGGAAAGAUGGAAAACCUUUUGAUGAGUAUGAUGAACAGAUCACUGAAACUCUCACACAGUUCCUGGGUUGGUCUGUUUUAAAUACUGACACUUAUGACAAAAUGAACAAACUUGAAAACAGGAAAGACAUUGCUCAGGAAAUGCUUAUGUACCAGACAAAGGCCACCCCUGCUGAAGUUGAAUCUAUCCUGAAAUACAAGGAGAAAUUAAAUGCAAAAAGUUUAGAUGAAUGUGAUCAAAAGGAUCUCAUCAGGAUUUUGAAAGAAGAAUUACCUGAUCCAAAAGAUUUAGAACUGUAUGAAUUCCGCUUCAGUGACUUCCCUGUUACAGAGCAUGGCCUGAUAACUUGUGGAAUACGACUGUUCUUUGAGAUAAAUGUUGUUGAAAAAUUCAAAGUCCCAGCUGAGGUCCUUACAAGAUGGAUGUACACAGUCAGGAAGGGUUAUCGGGAUAUCACGUACCAUAACUGGAGACAUGGAUUCAAUGUGGGACAAACAAUGUUUACUCUGUUGAUGACAGGCAAAAUAAAGAAAUACUAUACAGAUUUAGAAGCCUUUGCCAUGGUUGCUGCUGCGUUCUGCCAUGACAUUGAUCACAGAGGGACCAAUAACUUGUAUCAAAUGAAGUCAGCUGCUCCCCUGGCAAAACUUCAUGGCUCUUCCAUUUUAGAAAGGCAUCACCUAGAGUACAGUAAAACCCUGCUGCAAGAUGAGAGUUUAAACAUCUUCCAGAACCUAAAUAAGCGCCAGUAUGAAACCGUUCUGCACUUAUUUGAAGUUGCAAUAAUAGCAACUGACUUGGCUUUGUAUUUCAAGAAAAGAACUAUGUUUCAAAAGAUUGUGGAUGCAAUUGAAAAAAUGGAAACAGAAGAGCAGGCAAUUAAGUAUAUAUCUAUUGACCCAACGAAAAAAGAAGUCAUCAUGGCUAUGAUGAUGACUGGAUGUGAUCUGUCUGCAAUAACCAAGCCCUGGGAAGUGCAGAGUAAGGUUGCCCUCAUGGUUGCAAAUGAAUUCUGGGAGCAAGGUGACCUGGAAAGAACUGUGCUACAGCAACAACCUAUUCCUAUGAUGGACAGAAACAAAGGAGAUGAACUACCUAAGCUCCAAGUUGGUUUCAUAGACUUUGUGUGUACAUUCGUGUACAAGGAAUUCUCGAGGUUUCACAAGGAAAUUACACCUAUGUUUGAUGGUCUUCAAAACAACAGAGUUGAAUGGAAAACACGAGCUGAUGAAUAUGAAGAGAAGAUGAAAGCUCUUGAGGAACAAAAGAAAAAGGAAGAAGAAGCAGCUGCCCAAAAAGCAGAAAGUGCUGCUGCAGGUGGUGGAGGUGGUGAAGAAGGAAAAUCCAAAACAUGUGUAGUUUUGUAAUUCUUUGUCUCAGACACUGUUCCUGCUACAAGAAAAGGCAUCUAGAAAGAACUUCAAUGAGACCCUGUGGAUUCCUGCUUUGCAUAGAAUAGCAUAGAUCAAUUUCUUAAUCCUCUUAAACACUUGCCAUUUGUUGGAAAUAAUUUUUAAUGGAUUAAAAAAAAAUGGUUACUAUU